AUGGCCACGCAAGAACCAUCCCCUCCGUCGUCCAUGGAGAGCAACAAACCCGGCUUCCCCAAGCAGAUCCUGGCCAACAAGCUGGAAGAUAAACACCUGUGUAACUGCUGUCAGAAGCUGCUGCGGAGGCCCUUCCAAGCCCAGUGUGGACACCGCUUCUGUUCCUACUGCUUCAAUAGGACUGUCAGAGAUGGACCUCAGAAAUGCAAUGCUUGUAUCAAAGAGGACAUUUUUGAAGAGCCCACGUCGAUUCUAAAACAAGGCUGUGCUUUUCCUGACAACGCAGCUCGACGAGAGGUCGAAAACCUCUCUGUUGUCUGCAUCAGUGAAGGCUGUACCUGGAAAGGCAAUAUUAAAGAAUAUGAGUUGAGCCACGAGGGGAAGUGUGAGUACAUGAUCAUCCCCUGCCCCUCCUGUAAAGAGCAGAUACGCUUCAACGAACAGGAACGCCACAACGAGCGAGAGUGCCCUGAGAGAACUCUCAACUGCAAGUACUGCAAGGAACCAUUCCAUUUCAAAAACAUCAAGGCCCACGACGAGAUCUGCCCCAAGUACCCCAUGAUCUGUGAAGGCUGUGCCAAGAAGAAAAUACCCAGGGAGAAGUAUGUGGACCACAUUAAGUUCUGCAGCAAAUUCAGAACUCCAUGCAGAUUCCAUGUUGUUGGGUGUGAUAUGUCAGUGGAGAAGGAGAGGAUCCAUGACCACGAGAGGGCCUGCGCCUACGAGCACCUCAACUUGCUGCUGCACUACAUUAUGGGCAUGAAGGUGAGCAUGGAGGGCCUGCAGCCGCAAGGCCUGGAGCUGGCUGGAAACCAGCUCCUGGAGCUCCACCAUUCCCUCAGGGAGCUGGAAGCACGUGUCUCCCAGCUCAGCACUACCUCCACCGGGCCUCCCGUGCAGGGGGCCACCAACUCUUCUUCCUCCCCGGGCCUCUCCGGGCCUCCCGCCCUAGCUCUUCCCCUGGCUCCACCUCCCGCCCUGGCCCCCACCCUGACUGUGUCCACCUCCUUCACCCCCCUGCCCAGCUCGGUGGGGGCGGCCCUGGAGCUGCAGCUCCACAGUGAGAAGACCAAGGUGGCGGAGCUGGGACGCAGGUGCACCGACCUGGAGGUGAAGGCGGGGAUGUUUGAGAAUGUGGUUUGCGUGUUGAACCGAGAGGUGGAGCGCUUUGCCACAACCAUGGAGGCCAGUAACAGACAGCACCGCCUAGACCAGGAUAAGAUCGAGGCCCUGAGCAACAAGGUGCGGCAGCUGGAGAGGACGGUGGGGCUGAAGGACCUGACGGUAGCAGAGAUGGAAGGCAGGCUGAGGGAGAUAUCGGCCACCACAUUCGACGGCGUCUUCAUCUGGAGGAUCUCUGACUUUACCAAGAAGAGACAGGAUGCCAUCGCUGGCCGAGCCCCUGCCAUGUUCUCACCAGCGUUCUACACCAGUAAAUACGGCUAUAAGAUGUGUCUGCGGAUCUACCUGAACGGGGACGGGACAGGGCGUGGCAGCCACCUGUCUCUGUUCUUUGUGGUGAUGAGGGGACUGAGUGAUGCUCUGCUCAAAUGGCCCUUCAACCAGAAGGUGACUCUGAUGCUGCUGGACCAGAGUAACAGGGAGCACAUCAUCGAUGCCUUCCGGCCCGACAUCACUUCUUCCUCCUUCCAGAGGCCUGUAAGUGAGAUGAACAUUGCCAGCGGCUGCCCGCUCUUCUGCCCGCUCUCCAAGCUCGACGCCAAGAACUCCUACAUCCGCGACGACACCAUUUUCAUUAAGGCCAUCGUGGAUCUCACAGGCCUCUAG